CCUUCCACGGACGCACUCCUCCACUUCUUCGACCAAACCUCUCGCGAAAGCUUUUUCCUUUUCUGCCUCAUCAAAUCCCCGCCCCCUCAAAGGAGUAACUGUUUCGUUUCCUUUUCUUCCUUGUUCUUUCGCGAGUUCGCCGGAUCCCCGGGGGCUCCGACGAAUUCCGCAGAGAUUCUCCUCCGAGGACUAACGCAAAUCGAGGAGACCCACUGGCUUGCUAGCAGCUUAGCUUUGCCCACGGUGUGCCAGAAAUUUUUGUCACUAGCUGACUUCAAAUGGGAUGGGGAACCAUCUUAUCCAGGCGCCUCAAAGUUUUUUCCUUGGCAUUGUUUGUCUACUUGGACUAUAAGGCUGUUCAGAAGAGAGUUCAAUGGGUUAGCACUGUCAAAAAGAAUGCCAUAUGGGCAAAGACACACGAGAGAAAUGCUCGUCGUGUUCUCAGCCUGAUGAUAGAGCUAGAAGGUUUAUGGGUGAAAAUGGGCCAAUACUUGUCCACAAGAGCAGAUGUGCUUCCUGAACCCUACAUAAAUGUCCUGAAGCAGUUGCAGGACUCGCUUCCUCCACGCCCUCUUGAAGAGGUUCGUGGAACCAUAGAGAAAGAACUAGGGAAACCCAUGGGUGAACUAUUUGCUAGUUUUGACAUUGACCCUCUUGCAACUGCAUCAAUAGCACAAGUUCAUCGUGCAACUCUGGAAAACGGCAGAGAAGUAGUUGUGAAAAUUCAGCAUGAUGGUAUCAAAGAGAUCAUAUUAGAGGAUUUGAAGAAUGCAAAAUCAUUAAUCGAAUGGAUUGCAUGGGCAGAACCUCAAUAUGACUUCAAUCCAAUGAUUGAUGAAUGGUGCAAAGAGGCCCCAAAGGAACUUGAUUUCAAUCAUGAAGCAGAGAACACUAGGACUGUCUCCAAGAAUCUUAGUCAGAAAACUGAAAUUGGGAGUGGCAGUGUUUCCAGUGCUGUUGAUGUACUUAUUCCAGAAGUUAUUCAGUCGACUGAUAGGAUUCUAAUUUUGCAAUAUAUGGACGGGAUCCGCUUACAUGACAAUGAUUCAUUGGAAGCAUAUGGUGUUGAUAAGAAAAAACUCGUUGAAGAGAUAACCCGUGCGUAUGCUCAUCAAAUAUACAUUGAUGGUUUCUUCAAUGGAGAUCCUCAUCCUGGCAAUUUUCUUGUAAGCAAGGAACCUCCACACAAACCGAUUCUUCUUGAUUUUGGGCUAACUAAACGCAUAUCAGAAUCAAUGAAGCAGGCACUAGCAAAGAUGUUUUUGUCAUGCGCUGAGGGAGACCAGGUGGCACUGCUGUCAGCCUUUGCAGAGAUGGGGCUUAAGUUGCGGGUUGACAUGCCUCAGCAGUCUAUGGAGAUUGCCUCAAUAUUCUUUCGCCAGUCCACUACAGCAAUUGAAGCAAAAGAGAACAUUAAAGCACUUAAUGAGCAAAGAGAACGAAAUGCCAAAGCCCUUCAAGAAAAGAUGAAAUUGAGCAAGAAGGAGGUUAAACAUUUUAAUCCUGUUGAUGCUUUCCCUGGGGAUGCAAUAAUAUUUAUGAGGGUCUUAAAUCUUCUUAGGGGGCUUUCAGCUUCACUAAAUGUUAGGAUAGUUUAUCUAGACAUCAUGAGGCCAUUUGCUGAAUCAACUUUGCUAGGGAAUGUGAUGCGUGGGCCCUCAACAAAUACUCAGUGGAUUUACGACUCAUAUCCUAACUCUGAAGUGGAGUCUAAAUUGAGGAAUCUUCUGCUGGAGAUGGGAAGUGACAAAAUUUUGGGAAUACAAGUAUGUGCAUAUAAAGACGGAAAGGUCAUAAUAGAUACUGCUGCUGGUUCGUUAGGGAAGUAUGAUCCACGUCCUGUUCAACCUGAUUCUCUGUUUCCAGUCUUCUCGGUGACAAAGGGUAUCACUGCUGGGAUGGUACAUUGGCUUGUUGACAAAGGGAAGUUGAAGUAUGAUGAAACAGUUGCUGAUAUAUGGCCAAAAUUUGGAACUAACAGAAAGGAGCUAAUAAAGGUGCACCAUCUUCUGAAUCAUACAUCUGGUCUGCACAAUGCACUGGGAGAUGUGGUCAAAACUGAUCCUUUGUUGGUAUGUGACUGGGAAGAGACACUACAGAAGAUUGCCAAAUGUACACCUGAAACUGAACCUGGUUCAUCGCAAAUUUAUCAUUACCUAUCCUUCGGUUGGCUGUGCGGUGGCCUCGUAGAGCAUGCAUCGGGGAAGAAGUUUCAAGAGAUCCUAGAAGAGGCUAUUGUUCAUCCUCUUCAAAUUGAAGGAGAGCUAUAUAUCGGCAUUCCUCCAGGUGUUGAAUCUCGUCUUGCAGCACUGACAGUCGAUGUCGAAGAACUUCAGAAGCUAUCCGGGUUCCGGCCAGGGCCGGAUGUUCCACCAGAGCUGGUGAGCAGCAUUGCUCAGAUGGCGAGUGGUGUGCCAGCUCUGUUCAACACGCUUAACGUCCGCCGUGCCAUCAUCCCCGCUGCCAAUGGCCACUGCUCGGCGCGUGCACUUGCUCGGUACUAUGCGGCGCUGGCAGCCGGUGGCGCCAUCCCUCCGCCACACUCCGGCAACUCCAAGCCGCCCCUUGGCAGCCACCUGCACACCCCCAUGUUCCCUACCGCUGAGCCCAAGAAGAAGAAGAAAGGGUCCACGAAGAAGGGCGGCAGUUCGCCAGAGAAAGGGGAAUACGCGCAGCUACGCACCAGCGACGCCGACAGCGAAGUUUUGACCGCAGCAGUGACGGGAAGCGCCAGCACGAUGUUCGCCAACAGCGACAUCCUGGACGCCUUCAUGGGCAUCGGCGACUACUCGGGCAUGAUCUACCCUAACGGCAAGUUCGGGCUUGGGUUCAGAAGGUAUGGCAGGUCCGGCAGUGCGCCGAUGGGGUUCGGGCACUCCGGCAUGGGCGGGUCGACGGGGUUCUGCGACCCUGAGCACGGGUUCGCCAUCGCCGUGACCGUGAACAGGAUGUCGCUGGGGAGUUCAACGCGGCGGGUGGUGCGGUUCGUGUGCGAGGAGCUGGGCGUGCCAGUGCCCGACGAGUUCUCUGUCUCCGGGGAGAAGGGCCCCGACAUGGUGCUCAACCUUGCACCACCGGCGCCGGAGUCAAACCCUAUGUAGGAAUUUUAAGGCAUGUUGAUUUCACGUUAGAUAUAAAAUACACAGCGCGUAUAAUUUCGACAAGGUGUUAUGUUGUACCUAUGAGAAUUUGAGAAUGUAUCCUGUGAACGAUGGGAAUGCAAAGGACAAUGAAACAAGGUUAAAGAAAGGAAACGCUGUGGCCUGUGGAAAUGCUUCGGUAAAUAGAGAAUUGGGCAUCUGGGCUAGAUGCAUAUGUUAAUAGUUGAGUGAAGCCUUUUGAACUA